CUUUUCUUCCUCCGUGCACGGCGUCCACCCAAAGCCCUCUAGUCUCAACCAGCUUCUGGCCCUCAAGGUCCCCCAUAUCAAGAAAGGAAAACCCUACAUUUCCCCCCUCAAUCCGAUCCGUUCCAAUGGCGGCAAUGGCAGCAACCACGGCUUCUCUCACCGCGUCAAAACUCCUCCGCUUCCCAUCCACUUCACUCGCCUCGGCAGCUCGCUUUCAAUCCCUGACCCUCCCAAGACGCCUCCUUUCCCUUUCCAAGCCCCUCCGAUCUGGCCGGGGCCUUCGUUUCAUCGCAUCUGCCUCCCCAUCCAUCGCCACCGCUUCCAUCUCCGUCGGCGACAAGCUACCUGAUGCUACCCUGUCGUACCUGGACUCCGAAGACAAGGUUCAGACUGUCUCCAUUUCCGACCUCACCAAGGGAAAAAAAGCUGUUUUGUUCGCCGUUCCGGGAGCCUUCACGCCAACUUGUUCACUGAAGCAUGUCCCUGGCUUUGUCGAGAAGGCCGGGGAGCUGCGCGCCAAGGGCGUGGACACCAUCGCUUGUGUCUCUGUCAACGAUGCCUUUGUGAUGAAGGCUUGGAAGGAGAAUCUUAAGAUUGGUGACGAGGUGCUGCUCCUAUCUGAUGGCAACGGGGAGUUUACUCGGGCCCUCGGUGUCGAACUUGAUCUCAGGGACAAACCAGUUGGACUUGGCGUUAGGUCAAGGCGCUAUUCCUUGCUGGCGGAGGAUGGGGUGGUUAAGCUGCUAAACCUGGAAGAAGGUGGUGCUUUUACUAUUAGCAGCGCGGAUGACAUUCUCAAUGCCCUCUGAGUGUUUUUCUUCCUUUCUCUGCUUCAUUAGCCCUGGCUAGAUCACGCUUCUUGAGUAAGGAUAUGUUCGAAAACAGAUGAAUUUGCCUUUGGAUUUGGGUUUCAUCCUUUGAUCCAUCCAUCUGUUGCAUGCUUACAAUAUGUUCGUUUGAAUUCCCUAUAGGUUUUGAAAGAACUAAUCCCAACAAAACUUGCUCUUUUUAUUUGAUAAUGCCCUUAAUUAAGUUUUUUUCUUGAUGAGCCA